GGGGGCGGGCUGAGCGGAGCAUGAGGUAAAUAAUGAGGAAAUGAAUCAAUCCCUACUGAGACACACGAGUCUCGUUAUAAAGAGAGGUAGAGAGAGAGAGAGAGAGACAGAGAGACAGUGCCACCACGCAUAGGAUCUACAAAGGUAGGGAGAAAGAACUGCAGAGAAAAUUAAAAUCUAGGAAAAAAAAGGUCCUGUGUGUGUGUGGCAGGAUGUCGGAGGGCUUCGCCUCGGUGUUCUACAGCGAGCCGUCAGUGCUGGGUCUCCUCGCUAACGUCAUCAGUGCCUUCUACGUGGCUCUGCAGAACUUCGCAGAGGCUGCCACUGGCCAGGCCGCCACGGGAGUCGAGAACACACUUGCAGGCGUGCACCUCAUUAUGAUCGGAGGCGUGGUGCAGCUGCUGGCCGGCCUCCUCACCUUCAGGAAGUACGAACACCUGGCGGGGACCACGUUCCUGGCCUUCUCGGCGCUGUGGAGCAGCUACGGGACCACACGCAUCAUCGCUGGGGCCUACAAGCACCUGAUCUUGGGGGGCAACAGCACUGCAGCAGCCCAGAUCAGUGAGGCAGUCGUGGCCGGGCUGGUGGCCUACACCGGCGUGGCCUUCGUGGUGUCUUUCUGCUCGGCCACAUCCAACUACAUCAUGCCCUUCGUGUUCGGAGCCAUCACCGUGACGCUGGUGUUCGAGGCGGUGGGGCUGUUUGCCACGUGGGCGUUGGUGGUGGCUGGAGUGGCCCAGCUGGUCAUUGUCCUGUUCGGCCUCUACGGGGCGGUGGCUCUGCUCCUCAAAGGGAUCUACCAGCGGCACGUCCUUCCGGGCUUCGGCAACGCCCUCUUCGAUGUGCUGCUGCUGGGCGCCAGGAUCAAGCCGUCGCAGCGGCGGCAGGCCAGCCGGGGCGAGGAUGAGGAGGAGAAGAAGAAGAACAGCAAGUACGCUGAGCCCAUGGCGCUGGGGAACAUGAGCGACGUGGUCUCUGCAACGAUCCUGGCCUUUUACUGCUUCUGCUACAUGCCCUCCUUCCUGGUGGGGGUGCUGUGGGUCAGCCUCAAUGCCACGGCCCAGCUCCUGGCCAGCUACUACGCCUACCUGCGGAACGACGUGUUCUACGGCACAAAGUUCGCUCUGCACUGCGCCUACUGGCUGGUACAGGCUUGGGAGGCGUUUGUGGUGUCGAUGUUCCUGGGAGGGGAGGGGGAGGGUGUGAGUCGGGCCAGGUCAGGCAUGCUGGGGGGCUGGUUUUUCCUGGUGGCUGCCCUGCUACUAUGCCUGCUGUCCCUGAGCCGCGACAAGACUGAGCUGGUCCAGAACAGCCUGUUCACCCUACUCACCUUCUCCACCCUGCCCCAGAUUCCCCGCGGGUCUUGCUCCCUCUUCUUCGGGGUGGCCAGCUCUCUGUACGCUCUGUUCUGCCUCUACGUCUCCUUCAUCAGCCUGGUGAACUCCAUCGCAGAGAAGGUGCUCCUGCCCCUGGGCGUGCGGCUCGUGAGUGCCCCCAGGCUGCAGGGGGCGCUGUUCAGGCUGAAACGCCGCCUCUGCCAUGCCCAGGACAUGCCUCCCCUUGGGGGUCCCUUGGAUCACCGCGCCCAGCUCCCCGACUCCCUCUUCUUCCUGUGCAACGGCCUAGCUGCCCUCUCAGCCCUGCAGCCCUCCCUCCCGGACUCGCAGCGCUCUCACCUAGCCGUACCCUGGGUGCUGAUCCCCGGGACCCUCGUCCAGCUCUACGUGUCGCGGCUGCAGGUGCGAGGGGGACGCCGUUUCGGCCCCACACUGCCCUUCUCCUACGCAGCUGUCUGGGCAGGCUGGACCUGGCUGAGGUUUGCAGGUAAAACUUUCCCCUGGUUGUCCCAUCUGCCUUUAUAUUUCUAGUAAAAUGUACAAGUCAAAUUUGUCUACACAGUUUUGAUGUCUCCAGUUUUUAUGUAUUUCUGGUCAUGCAGUACUUAAUGUACCUUUGGAGGUGUAAAUCCUAUUAACCCUUCUGUAUAAUCUGUGAAAUCUGCAAACUACAGCUGUUGUAUUCUAUGAGUUUUUA